AUGGAAGAAGGCAACGAGAGAGUCAUCAUAAAUGAAGAAGGGCAAGUCAUAAAUAGAGUUUCCGUCAGGAUCCCCGCUUUCUGGAAUGAAGAGCCAGAACUAUGGUUUGCCCAACUUGAAGGACAAUUCACACUAAGCGGAAUUACUGCGGACUCAACGAAAUAUGCCUGCACCCUUUCGCAAUUGGAUUCUCGACAAAUAAAAGAGAUAAAAGAUAUUAUUACACAACCACCGGCAACAAACAAAUAUGAAGCAGUUAAGAAAGCACUGAUACAGAGAUUGUCAAUCUCUCAGGAACAAAGAACCCGACAGCUGCUCGAACUAGAAGAGAUAGGAGACAGAAAGCCGUCACAAUUUCUUCGACACCUUCGAACACUUGCUGGAAAUAAUGUUCCAGAUACCCUUCUACGAACACUAUGGCUUGGAAGACUUCCGAAUCAAAUGCAGAUGGUCCUCGCUACACGACUAGAAGAUCCGCUGAAUAAUGUUGCAGAACAAGCAGACCGGAUCCAUGAAAUGUCUAGCAAAACCCUUGUAGUUGCUGCUACCUCGACAACUCCAAAAAAAACCUUGGAACAGCAGGUACAAGAAUUGACAAAACAAUUAGCAAAUUUAACCACGCAUCUCUCAAGAAGUAGAGAAAGAAAAGGUGGUAGAUGGAGAAAUCAGA